AGCAGACACUGUGCUCGUUUUCACAGACAUCUGGAGGGAAUCCUGAAGAAGAAUGACCCCAACUGGCAGCAAAGAGUUCUUGGAGCUGCAUGGCGUGGAGGCCUCGGGAGCUGAGGGCUACAGCAACAGCGCUCUCCAAAAUGAAGAUGACUUUCUUAAAAACAGAAACAUAUCAGGAGACGACUCACUUAGGAGUAGAGCUGUGCAAAAGGGAGAGCGUGUCAACACCAAACAGGAGGAAGAAGGUGUCAGCUUUGAGCAGGAUUCUCCAAAAAACACAGAAAACAUAGAAGACAAUGAAGAUAUGCAUCCAAAAGGGUACCUGGAAAAGAAAUAUGAUGCAAUUUGUGGUAUUUGUAAGAAACACAAAACCACACUUAAGUACAUCAUCUGGGGCAUUUUAUUAGCAGGUUACCUGGUGAUGGUGAUUGCAGCUUGUGUGCUGAACUUUCACAGAGCCCUUCCUCUUUUUGUGAUCACCGUGGCCGUCAUUUUCUUUCUUGUCUGGGAUAACUUGAUGGCUAAAUAUGAAGAUCGAAUUGAUAAGCUCCUGUCUCCUGGAAGAAGGCUUCUGAACAGACAUUGGUUCUGGCUAAGGUGGGUGAUUUGGAGUUCACUGAUCCUGGGGGUGAUUUUCUGGCUGAUCUUCGACACGGCCAAAUUGGGCCAACAGCAGCUGGUGUCCUUUGGUGGUCUUGUAAUGUUCCUUCUCCUGGCAUUUCUAUUUUCCAAGCACCCAACCAAAGUUUACUGGAGACCUGUCUUUUGGGGACUUGGGUUACAGUUUCUUAUGGGGCUCUUAAUUCUAAGGACGAAACCUGGUUUUGUGGCCUUUGACUGGUUGGGUAAACAAGUUCAGACUUUCCUGGGGUACGCUGAUGCUGGCGCUUUGUUUGUCUUUGGUGAGAAGUACACAGACCACCUCUUUGCAUUCCAGAUCCUGCCAAUCGUGGUUUUCUUCAGCACUGUCAUGUCGAUGCUCUACUACCUCGGAUUGAUGCAGUGGAUUGUUAGAAAGAUUGGAUGGCUAAUGCUAGUUACUAUGGGAACAUCUCCUGUUGAAUCUGUAGUUGCUUCUGGCAAUAUAUUUGUUGGACAGACAGAGUCUCCACUGCUGGUUCGACCAUAUCUACCAUACGUCACCAGGUCUGAGCUCCAUGCAGUCAUGACUGCUGGGUUCGCCACCAUUGCUGGAGGCGUCUUAGGCGCAUACAUUUCUUUUGGGGUUUCGGCCUCUCACUUGCUAACCGCUUCUGUUAUGUCAGCACCUGCAUCACUGGCUGUUGCUAAACUCUUUUGGCCUGAGACAGAAACACCUAAAAUAACCCUCAAGAAUGCCAUGAAAAUGGAAAAUGGUGAGGCGAGAAAUCUCCUGGAAGCCGCGGCAGAGGGCGCAUCCUCAUCCAUCUCCCUGGUGGCAAAUAUCGCCGUGAACCUGAUCGCCUUCCUGGCCUUGUUGUCUUUUCUGAAUUCAGCCCUGUCCUGGUUUGGAAACAUGUUUGACUACCCACAGCUGAGUUUUGAGAUAAUAUGCUCCUACAUCUUCAUGCCCUUUUCGUUCAUGAUGGGGGUUGACUGGCAAGACAGCUUUAUGGUUGCCAGACUCAUAGGUUAUAAGACAUUCUUUAAUGAAUUUGUGGCUUAUGAACACCUCUCAAAAUUUAUCGACUUGAGGAAACAAGGUGGACCCAAAUUUUUGAAUGGACAGCAGCAAUAUAUGUCGAUUCGUUCUGAGACCAUUGCCACGUAUGCCCUCUGUGGCUUUUCCAAUAUUGGUUCCCUAGGAAUAGUGAUCGGCGGACUAACAUCCAUGGCUCCUUCCAGAAAGCGUGACAUCACCUCAGGGGCAGUAAGAGCUCUGAUUGCAGGGACCAUCGCCUGCUUCAUGACAGCCUGCGUCGCAGGCGUACUCUCUGGCUCUCCUGUUGACAUCAACUGCCAACACAUUUUAGAGAAUGCCUUCAACUUCAGCUUACCUGAAAAUACAACCGAAUUGGUCUCUUGUUGCCUAAGUCUAUUCAACAGCACUGAGGUCAUCCCAGGAGGAAACCACAGCCUGUAUUCUUUGAAGGGCUGCUGCAAAUUGUUGAAUCCAUCAACGUUCAACUGCAGUUCUAUCCCUAAUGUAUUUUGAGUUCAGCGUAUUCUCCAGUGAAACAUCUGAGCACAGAUGCUGAACUUUCUUGCUUUGGAGAAAAAAAAGAUAUCUCCAUAGAUUAAUAACGCCAUCAUGGAAUUGGCUUGAAUUGGAAGGAAAGAUGAAAAACAGGAGUGUAUCCUUCAGAUCUACAGCAUCACCUCUGCUUCUUCCUCCUUCCCACCCCUACCCUGUUGUGACUACUUUGAUGUCCCAGCAAUGUUUUCUAACCUUGGAAUUUCAGAACAUUUCUUCCGAAUACAGAUAUAAAUGGAGUCUCCCAACAACUGGAUGAUGACUCAGUCACAGGCACAUAGUGAGUUGAUUGAGUUUCUAUCUUAGUAGUGGCCCAUUUUUAAACACAUCUCAGGUGAGAUAACUCUGCUUUCACAUGACCUGAAAUAGGCUUAAUUUUAAUCUCACAUGAGGAAGACCAUCAGUCACAAACUCAUUACUUGCCCUCAGGAAGCCCUACAGAAACCAGGAAUCUUUCAGUAGAGCACAUAGACGAUUCUAAAGCCGGGUUUUAAAUCCUUCUAUUUAGAGGGUUCUAUCAGUCAGCUCAUGCUAAGUUAUGCUGUAGUAACAAACAACCCAAAAACCUCAGUGACUUACAACUAAAGUUUACUUUCCACUCACAUUAUAUGUUUACUGAGGGUCAGAUCGGGCUGUGCUCUGUGUUAUCUUCAUUUCUAGGAGCCAGGCUAAAGGAGCAACCCCUAUGUUGGGCAUACUGAUGUUACAACAGAGAGAGAAGAAAGCUUCUGCUAGGAAGUAGCACCCUUUACUUCCACUAUAUUUCAUUGGCUAAAGCAAGUUAUGUGACAAGCAUGAUGUCAAUGGCUGUGGAAAAAUGAUCCUCUCAUGGGGAGGGAUAAUGAAUAUUUUGAAGAAAAUAUGAUCUAGCACAGGGUGUGUGAUAUCCAUUUCUCCUUUCAAGGGGUCAACUCGUUAUAGAGCACAGUUAUCAUGAUCUAUGCACAUGCAAAUGUGGUUAUAUUCCUGGUGACAAGACUGGGGAAUGGGUACUCUUCAAUGUUUCAGUGAAAAAGCCAUGUAAGGACCACCUGAGGAAGAAAAAUAGGUCCUGGUUGAGAUCUGAAAACCUUCCAUGAUACUUUAAGACCAGGAAAGCACCAACAUUAAACUUGCUUAAUGAGCAUCAGCGUCUCGGAAGAAAAUUCCAGACACAGUGGCGGCAUGCUCUUUAACAAAAUGCUUGUCACCAAAGCUCUUGAUAGCAUAAAGGACAUUGUGUGCAAAAACAUAAACAUCAAUGACUCUGAGUCAAAAAGUGAUUCGUAAGAGAUUCUGAAUGUGAAAAAGUUUUUGGAAUGCCUCAAGUAAUUUAUUUUGUUUUACAUAUUUUUUAAAUUCAUGUGUAAACAGUUGAUUGAUCUUUGGUAGGGGGAUGGUGGUGGUGAAGAAGGGGGCUCCAUGCCCAAAGAAGUCUUUAUCUCUGAAGUACAAUAUAGUAAGAUAUUUCUAAAUAUUAUGUUUCAAUUUUUCUUGAAACUCAAUGUUCUCUUUUAGUCUUUAGACUUUAUUUUAGGAAAAUAUAUUUGCAUGCCUUUUCUCCCCUGUUCUCUAUGUUCUGGUGUCAAAUGUGCAUAUGUUGGUUCUCCUUUGUUUGUUUGCUAUUGUUAUUAUUAUCUAAUUCUUUUUAACUCUUUGCUUUUUUCAUUCGAUUUGUCCAAUACUCUGGUUGCUUCCAAGAGAAUCUCUUUACUACUUCUAGUGUGUCUUUCUGGCCAACUAAUUUUUUAAAUUCUGACUAUGACCACUAUUCCUUGAAUGUUUGUAGCUCCUAUAUAAGCUCUUUUUCUUUACUUCAAGAAAAAUUUGAUAAUCACUGCCCUGUUUUUUUUAAUUAAGUUUUCGUCUUUCGAUGUUUUUCAAAUUAUGAAAAGUAAGAGUUGCUAUAAAAACUGAAGAGUAUACGUGUAUGUUAAAAUCUAAACAUCUUUGUUUCCACCCUGUUCUCUUUCCAGUUGCACACCCCUGAGAUUAUCAUGUUAAUUGACUAGUAUCCACACCUUUCUCCUUGCUUAUACAAACAUACAUAAGAAUGUGGGAGAUUUGUUGUUUGUAUUCAAAUAUGACAAGUCUAUUUAUAUGUUACCUUCAACUUGCUUCUUUUCUCUUAGCAAUAUAUCCUCGACAUUCCUACAAGUUAUAAGAUAUGGUUCUAUCUUUAUCUUCCCUUCCCCCAUUUACUGUGUGUUGUGAGGAGGGUACAAUUCUACAUAAAUGAGAUAAUACACAUGCAUGGGAGGAAAGGACUUAGACUUUUUAUUUCCUUUCUAAUUCUCUCUUCUGCCUUCCUCCAGGCAGGUAACCCAGGUUUAUAACCUGAUGUGUAACUUCCUAUAUUUUUUUCCACAUUCAUAUUAUAUUUUACAAACAGAAACACCUAUUGAGGAUUGAGAUGGUAGUUUUACAAAACUGAAAUUAUUCACCUCUAUGAAGCUCACUCUUCUUUUGUAGUAAUACUUUGUGAAUGUUUCUUCAAGUUCACUGGCAAAACUUGAAUUCAUUCUUCUCAAAGACAUAAUAGAUUACAGCAUAUUAUACAUUAAUGUCUUAACCCUUCCUCAGCGGACAAGCAUUCAUUUUGCUUUCAAUUUUGUUUCUACUUCGAACAGUGCUUAUGCAUCUAUCUUUACAUACUGGUGCUUUUAUUAUCUACAGAAUUGCUGUCUGAUAGAAAUAUAAUGUGAAUCACAUGUAAUUUUAAAUUUCUUAGUAGCCACAAUAAAUCUAAAAAACAUAUUAAUAAUAAACCAGGCAAAGUAAUAAUACAUUUUAUAAUAUAUUUAACCCCAAUAUAUCCAAAAUAUUAUCAUUUCAAUAAGAUAUUUUGCAUUCUUUUUAUCAAACUAAGUCUUUGAAAAAUCUGGUGUUUAUUUUACAUUUAGUAUGUAUCUAAAUUCAGACACUAAAUUUUCUUUUUUCUUUU